GAAAAAAGGACGUAAUAAAUGGAUACAAUGAAAGAGAGCUCAGCUUCACCAAAUGGUUCAUUUACUAGUGUCAUGACACAUAUUGAAGAGGGACUAACCUAUGUACCCAAAUGUUACAUUCUUCCACCAUCCCUACGCCCUGAUGGAACCCUGUCUAGUACAGGCCUGCCAAUUGUGGAUCUAUCCUUUCUCCGAGACCCUCUCCUUAGGCCUCGAAUAAUCCAGGAUGUACAUCUGGCUUGCAAGGAACUAGGUUUCUUCCAGGUAGUCAACCAUGGAAUUCCAUUGUCAGUCAUGAAAGAUGCGUUAGAUGCUGCGACUGAGUUCUUCGAUUUACCAAAUGAAGAGAAAAUGCAUCUCUUGUCUUCAAAUGUUCAUGAUCCCGUAAGGUACAAUACCAGUCUAAAUGAUGUCAAAGACAAAGUAUCCUUUUGGAGAGACUUCCUCAAGCACUAUGCAAAUCCAGUCUCAAAUUGGAUGGAUUUGUGGCCAUCAAAUCCCACAUGUUACAAGGAGAAAAUGGGAAAUUACACAAAGGCAGCACAAAAGUUGCAGGAAGAACUCAUGGAAGUGAUAUUUGAGAGCUUAGGACUAAACCCUAAUUACUUACAUGAAGACAUUGCCGAAGGCUCCCAGGUCAUGGCCGUUAAUUGCUAUCCAGCAUGUCCUGAGCCAGCUCUUACACUAGGCUUGCCACCACACACAGAUUAUGCUUUGAUAUCCAUCAUUCUUCAAAAUCAUCAGGGCUUGCAAAUAAUGGACCGAGAUGAAAAGUGGCAUCCAGUUCCAUUCAUUGAAGGAGCCCUCAUUGUUCAGAUGGGAGAUCACAUGGAAGUAUUGAGCAAUGGUCGAUACAAAGGUGUUGUCCACCGAGCAACAGUUAACUCAGAGAAAGAGCGCCUCUCCAUUGCGAGCCUUCACAGUCUAGCUUUAGGUAAGAAAGUUAGGCCUGCACCAACGCUUGUGGAUGAACAACAUAUCUUGUCCUACAAAGAAGGAGGAUUCAGUGAUUUCCUUGACUUCAUUUCUGGAGAAGAUAUUGUGGAAGCAAAGUACAUAGACAAAUUAAAAAUAAAUCCCUGCUGAUUAUAGUACAUGGACAGCAGAGCAGGAAAUACUGGAAUUCUCAUUUUUACACCCGUAAAACCCCACAUCGUACAAUCUGUGUUUGUGGUUGUUAAAAUCCAAAGGCAUAUAACCAGUAGCCAUCUUUCCUAUCUACUUUGUUAUCAUUGAUCAGAGGCUCUUCUUUCUUCAAGGUUUUUUUUUUUUUUUUUUUUUUUUUUUUUU